AUGCAGGAAGCACCCUCACACUCGCCCAUUCCAGGCAGAACGGGAGCGCGCGCAGGCGCAGGUGCAGCGCGGGAAUGGGGCUUCCGGGCGCCGGGGCGGGGCCAGCGGCGCAGGGGCGGGGCUGACCCACCCGACGCGGCUGCAGCAGCGGCGCCAAGCAAAGCCUCCAGCGUGGCUCACUGCGUGUUCCUGACCCGGCCGCCAGGGGUUGGAAAAACGACCUUGGUCCAGAAAACCAGUGAGGUUUUAAAGUCCUCUGGGGUGUCUGUGGAUGAAUUUUAUACAGAAGAAGUCAGGCAGGGAGGAAGAAGGACAGGAUUCAAUGUCAUCACUUUGUCUGGAGCUCCGGGCCUCUGUCCAGUUGGAUCAGAGCCAAUGCCGGGGAAGUGUGAGUGUCAGGUUGGGCAGUACGUGGUUGAGAUUUCUUUUGAGCAGCUGGCACUUCCCAUCGUGAGGAACGUGAGUGUAUGCUGUGCCCCAGCCCACCGAGUGUGUGUCAUCGAUGAGAUCGGGCAGAUGGAGCUCUUCAGUCAGCCCUUCAUCCAGGCUGUGCACCAGACUCUGUCCUCACCAGGGACCAUCAUCCUGGGCACCAUCCCAUGCCUGAAGGGAAAGCCUCUGGCCCUGGUGGGGGAGAUCCAGGGCAGGCCUGACAUGAAGGUGUUCAGUGUCAUCAAGGAGAACAGAAACCACCUUCUACUGGAUGUCGUGGCCUGGGUACAGAGCUGCGGGAAGUGA